GAUUUGUAGUAGUGCCCCGGGGUUUAAAUGGACUGCCUGCCUGACUGACAUUCCCAUAGUUAUCUUAGUUUGCUCUGUCUCUUGCUUCUUUUCCAUUUCUUACCUGUGAAGCCUGUUUUGGAUUUCCAACAUUUGAGGACAUCUGGAGGCUUCCACCCACAGGAUAUCUCUGCAUGUGUCUGGUUUCCACCUGAUCACCUCUCACUGCUGCUGCUGAUCUGUUUGAUUCUCUGGAUUGAGUGCUGCCUGCUGUGGCUGUGCAGCUGCUUUCCUCACACACAGGACUGAGGACUCAGCCGUUGUGAUUAUAGGACAAGAAACAAGGAGUCAUCAUGUCGCAAACGGCAGUAUCGAUCAUUUCAAAAUUCUACAGUUUUGUAGAAUUGAGGACUGAUGAACGAAUCAAAAGUUAUCCCCUCAUGCAGAGACCUAUAGGGAUGAACCUCAUCCUGUUGACCUAUGUAAUCUUCUCAAAGUACAUUGGACCUCGCCUGAUGGCAAACAGGAAGCCCUUUCAUCUCAACACAGCCAUGAUUGUCUACAACCUCAGCAUGGUUUUACUAAAUGCCUUCAUUGUCUAUGAGUUCCUGAUGGCCGGAUGGGCAACCACCUACACGUGGAAAUGUGACCUCGUUGACACCUCAACCACCCCUCAGGCUUAUCGGAUGAUUCGAGUGUGUUACAUGUUUUAUAUGUCCAAAUAUUUCGAACUCCUUGACACAGUAUUCUUUGUGCUGAGGAAGAAACAAAGCCAGAUCACAUUUCUGCACGUUUUCCAUCACUCCUUCAUGCCCUGGACGUGGUGGUGGGGCAUCACCCUGACUCCUGCUGGAGGAAUGGGCUGCUUCCAUGCCAUGGUGAAUGCAGUUGUCCACGUUAUCAUGUACUUCUACUACCUACUCUCUGCUUCAGGACCUCGCUUCCAGAAAUACCUUUGGUGGAAAAAAUACAUGACCGCCAUCCAGCUUAUACAGUUUGUCAUCGUCUCAGCUCACAUCAGCCAGUACUACUUCAUGGAAAAGUGUGACUACCAGAUUCCCAUGUAUAUCCACCUGAUUUGGAUGUAUGGCACCUUCUUCUUCCUCCUCUUCUCUAAUUUCUGGAUUCAGGCCUACAUUAAGGGAAAGCGGCUUCCUUCUGUGGAGGAAAUGCCAAAACAGAACGGCUCAGCCAGUAAACCUAUCGCUGUGUUGGCCAACGGGAAACACAUGGAGAAUGGAAAUGGGCACCACCACACCAACGGCAAUUUCGUCAUGAGCAAACUCGUCAUGGGCAAAGUAAAGGAAAUCUAACUUUGUGACUUUGGAAAUCAGGAGGAGACAUACAAGAAGUUGAUAUAGAGCUACCUUGAAAGUGUCAUCCAGCAUUCAGACCUAGUAGCAUAUUGGAUUGGCACAAUUUCAAUAUGUUACUUCUAAACUUUACAUGUUCUAUAUACAUUUAGUCUUAUGCACACUUGUUUUUGAUGGGUGUUUUGGUGAAGAUCUCUUCUUGCCACAUUGUGUUUGUUAGUUGUUGUGAAAACGAUUAACUGUGAUGAACACUGUAUGAAGAUUGGUGCUCACUUUGUCACUGAUGGUAUCUUCAACUCAGGCUUGGUCCGCACCAGCCUGACCUACUGUCUAGCGGGCAGGACUAUUGUUUAUCACACAGUUUCCACUAAAGACCAGCAAAUUUAAAUACCUGCUACAAAACAAAGCUGUUGUUGUAAAUGUCAAAUAUUCAGUUUUGUUGUUUUUAUUUAUCUUUUUGAAAUAAAUCUUUUUAGAUAAAGGUCUGUGUCAUUUGGAAAGCAGUUGGGGUGUGCACUUUUCAAAAAGACAUACCACACCUCAAUUUUAUUUUUUCAAUUUUUGGAAUUGUGGAAAAUAAAUGUUAUACUGUAUAUUACAGUAUUAAUGCAUUUAGGUAGUGACAUAUAAACUGUUUUCCAUUUUGAGUUUUGGAACCCGGCAUGGUCUGUUUCUCAGCACACUGCAGGGGCUCGCAGGAAGUUAAUACACUUCCUAUCAAAUUCAAAUCAGAAAAAAGAGCACUGUUUCUGAAUAUCCCUGCAGAAUGAAUGUUGUUUUGUAAACCUACCAGUGUUUUUACUGUUUUAUAUUACACAUGUGCACUGAUGACAGAUGAAGUCGUUUUGAAGUACUGCCAGCCUUUUAAAAUUUCAUUUGAUAUUUGGCAUAAAUACUUCAGAUUGGAUGUCAAAGUGUAUCCUUGAGCUGUUUGUUACAAUGAACCUUCAAUGUUUAGUAGAUUUACCUGUUUCUGACUUAAGCAGAAAUAAAGAUGUUUUGUAAUUA